UGCACUUUUAGGUGCACUGGCCAGCAUCUGCAAAACGGUCGAAUUACAGCAUACACUUUGGACAGUUUUUGAAUUGUUCGAGAGCUCGAUGAGACAGGCCAAAAAACUGAGCUCGGCACCGGUAAAUUGGUCGCGAUGCUUCGGGCGCAGGCAUCUUCAAAAUCCGACAACCUGAUCCAUUAUUGCUCGGCACUUUAGUAAAUUCUGAAGAUCGAAGUCUGUCACCCUAACGGAAGUUAAUGAAACCAUUGGUGUACGUUCUCUCCCACAGUCCACGCAACCGCACGACCUACAUUCUUAGUUACUGGAAGACUUCAGAAGUUGACAAUGGGUUCUCCAACGAUCCUAUAUAAAACAUUCUACUACUCAGGAAUACUUAUCUGGGACAUCACUCUUUCGUUGUUCAACCUCGUGUUAUUCAAACGUCCUGUGGGAAAGGUAGUACCAGAAGGAAACCCGGGUUAUGCGGGUAACUGGCCAGAGUACAAACCACCUCAGGAAGGGGAGAGCCGCUGUUCUUGCCCUGCAAUCAACGCCAUGGCCAACCACGGGAUCAUUUCUCGUAGUGGCCGGGGGAUUAAAUUCACUGACCUCACUCGCCAAGUCCGCACGACGUACAACUUCUCGGCCUCUUUCUGUUCAUUCGUGCCCCACUACGCAGCUUUUAUGCUGAACAAGAGCUACAGCAAAGACACGUUCGAUCUCGAGGAACUCGACCUGCAUAAUGGCAUAGAACACGAUGCUUCUCUCACGAGAUUAGAUGCAGCACUUCAGCCGGACCAGUCAAAGGUUCACCGGCCGUUCAUCGAGGACCUGUUCUCGUUUGCAACGGGAAAGGAUCAGGGACAACGGGUACUCACGACCAAAGACUUGUCAAGAUUUUCCGGAAAGCGCCGCGCGGGAGCGAGGGCAACUAACCCAAUGUUCACACUUGAUCUUUCUCACAAGCUUUUCGGCAGUACUAACACAGCCACUCUGCUCACUGCCUUCGGAGGGCGGGUGGACGACUUGCGAGCGUUCCUUCUUGAGGAACGUCUACCACAAGGAUGGGAACCACGUGUCCGUUAUCGAUGUGGCUUGACGAUUUUCACAUUCAAUCAGACGAUCGUCCCCUUGGAAUUGCGCAUUCGGGAAUCUGACUGGGAAGGUGAGGCCAGUGGGGUUGGGGAAGAUAACUGAAAAUUCCACCACACAAUUCGCGCCUUCACAUGCAAUACUAUGGUUCUCAAUAUCUAUGCUUUUCUUGGUCUGCAACCAAGUGUGACACCAGUCCACUUUCCAACUUCCCAUGGUCACUUGGAGUUCAGGGCUGGCCGGGUGCUCGUGGGAGUCUAGUCGGCUGCAUUAGUUCCAUGAACCCGUUCCUAACGAGAGUGACACGAUGUGCAGCACUUUUCCAAAGAUCGCGCUCAACAAUAAAAUCUUUGCUAUUGUAAUGACGGU